CUUGCCCGCACCAAUAUGGCGGACGCGUUGACGUAUCGCAGCAACGGACCGAAGCGGCCAAUGAGGCGUCUAAGUAUUUUAUAUGUCUAUGGUAAAACCUAUACAUAUUUGUUCGCCACAGUCUCAAUCAACAGAGCGCAGAACUGCUUCCGGUUUCAAAGGCGAGGAUUAGCAGUCGAUACCAGAGAACAUGAUGGUCGUAUUGGUUUGACUAUGGCUCUGUCGAGAGGACUGAGAUGCUGUCAGAGAAUAUUCUCCUGGAUACCUGUUGUCAUUAUUUCAGCCGUGGUCCUGUGGUCUUAUUAUGCUUACGUGUUUGAACUUUGUUUCUUUACUCUCCACAAUGCAUUGGAGAAGGCUGCGUACCUUUUGGUCUUCCACGUCUGCUUCGUGAUGUUCUGUUGGACCUACUGGAAGGCUAUCUUCACUCCAGCCGCCACACCGUCUAAAAAGUUCCACCUCUCCUACAGGGACAAAGAGAGGUAUGAGAUGGAGGAGAGGCCAGAUGUUCAGAAGCAGAUCUUGAUUGACAUAGCUGUCAAGCUCCCUAUCUUCACACGAGCUCAAUCAGGAGCUAUCAGGUUCUGCGAUCACUGUCAAAUAAUAAAGCCAGACCGCUGUCACCACUGUUCAGUUUGUGAAACGUGUGUCCUGAAAAUGGAUCAUCACUGUCCAUGGGUGAACAACUGCGUCGGUUUCUCAAACUACAAGUUCUUCCUUCUCUUUCUGUCUUACUCCAUGCUCUACUGUGUCUUCAUCGCAUCAACUGUGUUCCAGUAUUUCCUCAAGUUCUGGGUGGGCGAGCUUCCAAACGGCCAUGCCAAGUUCCAUGUCCUUUUCCUUCUCUUUGUGGCUGUCAUGUUCUUCGUGAGCCUCAUGUUCCUCUUCGGCUACCACUGCUGGUUGGUGGCUAAGAACAGAUCCACAUUGGAGGCUUUCUCUGCACCCGUGUUCCAAAAUGGUCCUGACAGGAAUGGCUUUAACGUUGGUUUCCGCAAGAACCUUCUGCAGGUCUUUGGGGAAGAUAAAAAGCUCUGGUUUCUCCCAAUCUUCACCAGCCAAGGUGAUGGCCACUAUUUCCCUCUGCGGACUCUGAGUGAAUGUCGAAACCCCUUACUGGCCAGUGACAGGAGAUGGGGGGAAGAUGGAUCAGAUGAAGACAGCACAGAUGGUGAAGUGGAGAAUGACCCUUCAGUCAGAGUGAAUAUCGAAUAAUAAUUGAUUGAGCUACACUUCUUGAGGAGCACUUUGAGCUGAUUCAGGCUUGCACUGUAAAAGCGACUAAACACCAAAUCUUGGAUGAAGAGACGGCAUUCCAAAUACUGGACGAUUCCAGAAAAUUAUGUCCCCAGAGAGUAAAAUUGUUGGAGGAAGUGGCUUUGUCCUCUCUCUUUUUUUUUUCUAUUUUACCUUGUAUGUUCUGGAUUAUUAUCAUCCCAAGCACCUCCAUCCUCUUAGAGAAUCACCAAGGACAAUCACAGACUGUUCUUAGGGGCUUGGAUUUGCUUUGUCUACUGUGUGGAAGAUAAUGAUGAGUUUAAUGACCUUGCAUCUCAGAUUCUCUUACAUUUCAGCUCACAGAUUCAUCUUAACACUUUUGCUCCAUUAUCGGUGGCAGCUGGCGUCAUGGCAUUGACAAAAGCUGCAGGAAAGAACGUAUCUGCCAUUUUUUUUCCUCUGGUCACUUUACCAAGUUCUACUAAUUGUCCUGCAAGCGUGAUGUCUCUCCAAGCCUUAAAUAUUCAUCACAGACUGUAAAGACUCUCCUGUAAAAAUCACUGUGGUGCAGUGAAUAGUACUUUUUAUUUAAAUAUUUAAAUUGUCCUUUUUUUAUGAUGAAUUACAAAUGUACGUGUUGUCAUUACGUGUAUUUCUUUCAACGCAGCCUAUUUACAAUUCGUAAACAUGGCGUGUAACAAAUGAUAGGCACUAUUUUCGUGGCAAAGUCUGACUCAGUGUUCUCCAUUCCGAGUCCACAUAUUCUGCUUAAAUCACACCUGAUUCGGCUUAUCAGACUUAUCAGGGUCAUAAGCUGAAUCUGGUGAGAGCAGGAAACAGUGCAGCACUGCAGCGUUCCAGACAAAUGCAGAACUAGUUACAAAUGUGUGGUUGCUGCAGCUGACCUGUGUUUCUCGACAAAUAAUUUUGUACUGUAAUCUCAAGUCAUGAGUGCCACUGUUAACUAGGUAACACUGACUGUAUUCCAUAUCAGCGUCCUGUCCUUUUUUUUGUACUUAAGCCUUUUCUUGGUAUUAUGGAAACAUGUAAGAAGCUCACACACUCCCUGUCAUAAUGUGUAACCGUAUUUAUGUCAUGUGAUCCUAUCUUAAGUCAUUAUGUUGAUGUAAUAUUCCAUGUGACCUUCCUCUUUUUGAAACCUUCAUUUAUCCUCGUGAACACUUCUGGUAUAAUGCAUUAUAUGUUAACAAAUUCAAAUUAAAACAGUUAGAUCAUUGCACAGAAAACUAACUUCAGAUUCAUAAUAAUUUCAGAUCAUUUUCAUUCGGUGAUACUGAAUAAAUGCGCCGUUUGAA